AUGGCGACCGCGACGGCGAAGACGAUGCUGGCGCCUACAGUGGAGGAGAGCAGAGAGAAGCGGCUGCAGAAGCAGCAGUCGCGGUACCGCGAUCGCGGAGGUAUAUUCGUACCCAUGACGGAGAACCCCCUUAUAGACAUUUUACUCAGUCGCAAAUUUCUGGCAUCCCCUAAGAAAAAGUCUCAGAAAGAGCAGGGCGCGAGCCGUCGCGACAAGCCUUCCGCAAGCAACCACGCCGUCGCUUCAUCGAGCCAAGUUCAGCCGCAAGCGUCAAGCUCCAAGAUCGCUCCUGAAGAAUUAACUAAUAGGAGGACAAGUCCCCGUAAGAAGUCCGGCGCCGAGAGCCGGGAUGCACAUGAGCAGCAAGGGAGCAGUGCAACCAAUACCUCCAAGCAGCGCACUUCUACGAAAGGGAAGUUCAAAGCCACCACAAAGGGUGAAGAGGACCCUACCACUUCCAAAUCACGCAAAACCACCACAACGAGAGCACCGUCGCGACCGACAGCUUCCCUUGAUGGCUGUAGUGACGAAGACGUACCAUUAGUCGCCAAGGGGAAGGCGAAGGCAGCACCGAGGAAGCAGGGUACGCACAAGCAUGUAAUCGAAUCGGAGAGCGAGCAGGAACCGCCCAAGAAACCGAAGAAAGCCACCGGCGGCUCGAAAUCCUCCGCUUCGACCUCUACGUCUGCACCCAAGAGUCAGAAGGGACGUGGAAAGGUUCAAGCCGAUACGGACGACGAGCCAACCACGUCUAAACCUAAACCUAAAGCAGAUGCCAAGGGUAAGGGUAAGGCCAAGCAAUUGAAGGAGGACGUUGCAGAAGAGCCUGAUCCCGCUCCCCCAAAGCCCGCGCCCAAAAAGCGGCAGCCAGCAAAACGCAAGACCAGCAAGGCCGACGAGUCCCAGACGGACGACAAGGCAAAGACCACCCACCGACCGCGCGGGCGUACAAAGGCCGCAGCCGCAAAGACCGAGACCGAGCGCGACGAUACCGAAGCCGAGGGAUCGGAUGCCCCGACUCCUAAGACAGGGCGAAGCAUCAAGGCGAAGGGAACUCACGCCGACUCGAAGGUGGGUAAGAAGCCCUCGGAGGAUGAGCAGGAGGAGGAAGAGUCCGAUGCUGCCCCUGUGCCUAAGCGGCGGAAGCGGCCUGUGACUAUGAUCUUGAGCGAUAUCGAGGAAGGGGAGGAGGAGGACGCUGCACCCCCCGCUGUGACCGCGGCAAAGGGUACUGGAUCUAAGGCAACCGUCGGGCUGACGCCCCUGGCACGAGCAAGGGCAAAGACGAAGACGGGUAAAGGAAAGUCUGCCGCGGAAGAGGUGUCUGCUGUGAAGCGGAAGAAGCGUCCUCUGACGAUCAUGAGCGACGUCGAAGAAGGCCAGGCAGAGGAGCAGGUAGCUGCCGCCCCCACUAGCACCCGGGAGGAUGCCCCGCGCAAGAAACCACGCGUAGAGCCGAAACAGACUGACGGUCCCACCGAUAUUGCGAGCACCUCCAUGCGGAAGGAGAAGACUAAAUCAGGGGACGCUGGCGUAGACUUCGAUAAGACGACAGAAGUGCCGCGGAAAGCAGCAGCUUCCAAGUCAGUAUCUAAGGAUCAGGACGAUGCACCGCCGUCCAAAACUGUCCGAUCGCAGUCUGGCGCGGGGAGGGCUGGAUCGCGGAAAGGGUCCACUGGCACCUCCGCGGUCCCUUCUGCCGCUGAUGCUUCCGGGGAUCUGACAGUAGAACCAGCGCCUUCGGAGGACGCGAAGACCAAGACGUCCAAGCGCAAAGUGGAAGAUAGGGAAGCGCCUGUCAAGAAGCGUGCGCGCAAGCAUGAGGUGGAAGAGGGACAGGGACAGGGAGAGGACGAACGUAAGCGCGUUAACGUCGUGGAUAGCUCGAGGGGACGCGCAGCCUUAGCUCCUAUUACCGUGCUUUCUGCAGCGACCCCGUCAGAUGCUGGUAAAGCCGGGGCGAAACCUGGUCCCGGCAGUGUUGGUAGGGGAGAGAAAGAGAACAAGACUGCUAAAGAAUCUGGGCAGGCAAGGAAACGCGGUGGGCCAAAAUUCCCUGACGCUCCGAGGGGACCGCCGCAGAGCGUGCUGGACUCGCUGCUGCGUAAACCGGGCGUGCGGCUUUCGUCGCCUGUGCAUGCUGUAGACAGUGAUGCGGACCCUAUCGACUUUUUGUCGUGAUGGUCUGGUUGUGAGCGCGAGCAUGAACGACUUCCUUCCUGCUGGUCGUAUUGUGUUCUCUGGGUGUC